CACACACACACACACAUGCGCGCGCACACCUUUAGACAUACCGUAUUGACCUCUACUAAUGUGUUAAGUGAACAGGUAAGAAAAAUACUAGACUCUAGAAUUUAGAUCUAGGUCCAAGAGGUGUGCAAACAUUUUUCGAACUUACGCUCUUGGCGUCGUUGACUGAGUGUCCAUAUCUAGGUCAGAUUUCUAUUUUUGUCAACGUUGAGCGUCUAGCCAAUCCUUUCAUCAUUCAAGUUAAGUGGGUAGGGCCUACACCGUAACAGGAUAUAAUAUAUUAUAGCCUGGGACGUCCUGUCACACAAACAUGUGUGGUCUUUUAGCCUGCUUUCUUUUUCAGUGAGAGUGGCUACGGAAGUGCAAAAAUGUUCUGUACAGUUGUCUAAAGGAAUGUCGUAUCUCAUGUGUUGUCUUGUAACCUGCUUUCUUUUCAGUGAAAGUGGCUACGGGACUGCUAUUUAAUCUGUACAGUUGCCUAAAGGAAGGACGUGGUUGGACCAAUUGCGAGAACUAAAUCGGGAUUAGAUCUACAAGACAAAUCCCCAGCCACUUAGAAGUUGCGAGAGUGCCAACAAAGCUGUAGCCUACUGUAGACUAAUCAUGUAUACCGACUGCACAGGGCAGAACAAGGCAACCUUCCUCCUGCAUUCAAUCUCAGCCGUCUCAACAGAGAUUGCUUAAAAUAGAAUCGAUCUUUUUCUUCCUUGCAAGUGCUGAGUAUUCGAGCUAGGAAUGUUAGUGUUGUUCAUUAUAGCGAAAUUGAGGGAAAACAACAACAAAGGAACAAAAUGUAAACACGGAAGUUUUACAUUUUAGGCGCUGGAUCUUUUCUGGUUCUAGAUCUAGAUUCUAGAUCUGUGUGUUGUAAAAUUUAUGUUCUAACAGUCCUCAUCACAUCAGCGGAGAACGAAACAGAGAAAUGAAUAUAGUACAUUAUUAUCGCACAGCCUCAAUACAGUUGUGAAAAAAGGAGACCUCGGUUGCCACUGUCAAACAAAAACUUUGUUAUUCAAGUUGUGAGUAAUUUCAGUUGAAACCCCAGGAGUGCCUGAAGAGUUUACACCAGUCAUGGAAAGUUCCCCCAGAAUCGACCAGCAGAUUCCGUAUGACAAUUCCGGUGAGUUAAAUAGCAUACCAGUCCAAGAGAAUGAAGCAGCUGAUGUUGUUGCUGCCAUGGAGAAUUCGCCCAGAGUCGACCUGCAGAAUCCGUAUGAGAAUUCCAGUGAGUUAAAUAACACAGGAGUGUAUGAGAAUGAAGCAUUUGAUAAUGCUACUGCCUCGGAAAUUUCGCCUAGAGUCGACCUGCAGGUGCAGUACGAUAAUUCCAGUGAGCUAAAUAACAUAGGAGUGCAUGAGAAUGAAGCAUUUGAAGCUGAUGCUGCCACCGGAAGUUCGCCGGCUGUCGAUGAACAGACUAUCCAGAUUCAGUGCGAGGACUCCAGUACCGGUAAUUUGUAUAACACACCAGAUGAGCAGGAAACAGCUGAUGUCGUUGCUGCUACCGAAAGUUCCGCUCCUGUCGACUCACCACAGACUUUCCAGAUUCAGUGCGAUGACACGAAUGGGAAGAAAUAUUAUUCAACAGACGAGGUGAUUCCUGGAAAAUCACAGAAGGUGACUUCAACGAGAUGGUUAGUGAUCGCCGCAGUAGCUGGCGGGGCCAUCUUGGUGGUCAUCCUUGCUAUCGGACUGUCCUUAGGAUAGCCUGACUUCACAGUUUCCCUGAUUGUGGAAAACAUGACCUGGGCUGCUCCGAUGUCUGACGUCAAUUCCGAUGUCUUCACCUCUACAGCUCAUGACAUCGAACAAAGUGUUGACAAGUAUUAUGAAUCUAGUCCUCUGGCUGACAUCUAUAACUUUUCUAUGGUGACACAAUUAUGGCCUGGAAGUGUCGGAUGUAAUGUAGGAAUCUUCCUAAAGCCGCCUUCAAAUACCAGUACCGUGGAACUUCGAGAUAUGCAUGCACAGAUCAAAGCUGGGAACGGAACAGAAGUGCUUUCCCGGAACUUUCUUAAAGGAGCCGCAGAUUUCUGGUCUGCACAAGCUCAACUUCCAGAAGAUCAACGUUUAUCUGCUCUCAACUUUAAGACCGAUUUCUUUGAAAAGGUUUUGGUGAAUGAUACAGAACCACUUAACAAUACUGUCAAUACUACAAAACAUAUGGAUGGUGAAAUUAUGUUGAAUGAGAGAGAUGAGGCUCUGAUGUUCCUUACCGCCAAGUGGACUCCUGUGUGUUUUAGCUUUUCCUGGCAUUUGUGGCUAGCACAAGUCGUGUGUGCUCAGCUGGGCUAUUCUUUUGGAAACAGUGUCAGUGGGGAAUACUUAAGCAGUACAGUAGUGGACAAGAUUUCAGAUAUUCACUGUGAUAACACAGCAACAGCUCUUGUCAACUGCUCCUACAUCACGUCCACGCGACCUUGCCCAGCUGCUCGAAUCCUAUGCACAAACAUUGAAUCUUCCUACAAACUUGUGAACAUCACUGAAGAAGGAAAUGAAGAUUUUAUGGAAGUGACCAGGGACGGCGUCCAGGCUUUACUCUGUGGCCCCAGCUACCCGUGGGCGGCAGCAGAACUGAGCAACUUGUAUUGUCAAGAGGUCGGUUUCCAACAUGGCGGACAGUCUUUGCCGGUCCUUGAGAGUGACGUUGAGGAUGUUGACAAAGUAUGGAGAGUGUUACUGUCGUGCGGUCAGGUAGCGACGAGGGUUAACGACUGUGUGGCAUCUACCUGGAGUCUUGAUAAUGUUACAGAAGCAAGCCCUGAAGAUUCUAUGAAGAAAACUCGCCGUCUCCCUUCUUUUAGGGGGAAUCUGACGAAAGAUGAAGUGAGAGUUUGUCUGGUGAAAGUGGCUUGCUUUAAACCACAAGUGACAUUCCAUGGAGGACUGGCAAACACUUCUGGUAUAGUGAUGAUACCUAAUCCCAACACGCUGUGGGAAAGGAGUGCUGUGUGUGCUGAUGGUUUUACUGACAAAGAGGCUGGACUUGUAUGCGACACGUUGGGAUUUGGUGCUACUGGACAGGCCUAUUCUUUUAAUCCUUACCCUUUCACUGAGCAGUACCUGGACUCCAGUGAUAUGGCAAUGAGAUGCUCUAAUGAUGCUCUGAAUGCUUCUGACUGUUUGGUCCCUCUAACUGGACGAUGCAGAUCAUUUGCUGUGGCAAACUGCAACAGUGAUGAGAAAAAAGUUCCCGAGCUAAGUACCAAACUGUUUUGGGAUGGUCGAACUGUCCUUAUCUACAAGAAUAACAUGUGGGGAUCCAUCUGCCCAACCAUGGAGGAACCACUGUUAGGGGAGAGAGAAGCCACCAUUAUAUGCAACGACCUCGGGUAUGAGAGAGGAAUAGCUCAAGGAGGACAUCCUUCCUACUUUACCACAGUUCCGUACAAUCAACUUUCGGUAUUCUCCUACAUCCCCCACGUCAUUCGGGAGGUCAAGUGUGGAGACACAGCACAAACUCUCAGAGACUGCGAGUGGAAAAAUGUUUCCGCUAACGAUGGCUGCCAGAAUGCUCGGCCAGCGGCUUUAUUUUGUCACAAUGCUUCUGACCUGGCUCAGUAUGAAAUGAGUGGCGGAACUGAGCCUUUCUUUGGCACUGUCAAAGUCACCUUCAAUGGGCAACAAGGUUAUCUGGCCUUUGACCAUCCCAGAUUGAGUCCAGUACCUCAGAUUGUGUGCAGGAGUCUUGGCUUUGCCAAUGGACAAGCAGCUGACCCAUCAGAGGUGACCCUUGCUAAUGUGAAGAAAAUCUGGAAAAUAUCCGUUAUGGAGGAUGGAUGCUCGGAGCUAGACAUAGUAGAAACCUGUUUAGAUAAACAUUGGUCUCAAUAUCAGCUUCAAGAGUAUGAUGAAGAAAAGGAUGAAAGUAAACUGGUCAAAGUCUUUUGCAAUGGCGCUGUCAGCCUAGGAAGCGGCUACCAUAACAGGUCAGGGCCCGUGCAGAUAAACACUGACUAUGGCCCGUGGGUUAUGGCUCGGGGUGACAUCACGCAGCUGGUGGGAGACAUUGCUUGCAGAGAAAUUUUUGGAUCACAUACAUUCAAAAGUUUGAUCGUACCUGAAGUGGUGUACAAGAAAUAUGCCAGAUGCUCAGAGGUGACCUGUACCCAGUCAGACACCAGUCUCGCUGACUGUGUGGACAUCAGGCAAGGAGAGGGCCACUGUGGAGACUCAGGGGGGAUUUUGUGCUACGAAGGAAGUCCGCCAGCUGCUCCUUCAUCCAGUAACCAGUGGAGAUUCAGUGAUAAGCAGUUUUUGUGGCAGAACAUUGAGGUCAAAGUGUUGGGAGAAUGGUCGGUCGUUUGUGCUGAUAACUGGACGGAUACAGAAGCCAUGGCAUUCUGCAAGUAUCUAGAUCCCAAAAACACCCAGGGCUUUGCUCUCAAAAAGGACAGAAAGUUCGAAAAAGGAAUGUGGGUGAAGUCUGUGGACUGUGGGGGUCAAGGUGUUGAAAGUAUCCAGGAUUGUUCCUUAACAAUAUACACUUCGGAUGACGAAAAGUGCUCCUCUGACCAAGAAGCCUAUGCUGCCUGCUUUAAAGAAAAUGAGGUGCCCGAGCUUGGCAUGGAUGUGAAGACGUCCAGUUUGCAAUAUGACGCUGGCUACAUCACCGUGACCAGGCUGGACAAAGAAGGAUAUUUCUGCCCCAAAUUUCACUACAGUGACUAUGAGGCAAACAAGUUAUGCAGUAUUUUGCCAGGAAACUUUACUGGUGGAGUGGUUCUGGAUAAAGCCCUGCUGUCUCGGCCGGAUCAGUUCUCAUCCUUGUGGGCGGGUAGUUUGUUGUGCCCUCACGAGCCCCUUCAGAUAAGGACCUGUGAACAAGACUGGAUGAACCAAAAUAUGACGGACCACAGUGUAUCCCCUAGUCCGUCAAGCUGCAUCGAACCGGUUGCCUGCUUCAAACUGAAUGUUCGCUUGCACACGCCCCUGCAGAACAGUGGAGUUCUCCUUGUGUAUGAUGGGCAGCGAUGGGUCAGCGUUUGUACUGACAACUUUAUUCCCAGCUAUGGCGGGAAACUCUGCCAACAGAUGGGCUUUGGCUGUGGUAGAAUGUCCCCGGGGACCACGCUAGGUUACAGUUUCUUUACAGCUCAGUUUAUCUGUUCCCGAACGCCAGAUGGAGGCUGCACGUUUGUACGGCGAAAUCCCCCCUAUCCAAAAUGUAAAGAGCACAUUCUAUUAAACUGCUCUAACGAAUGUGAUAAUGAAUCAACGAAUUGAAUGUAUGUUCGAUCUAUGGCAAUGGUAUAAAAACAACUUUUCCUCCCCUCAGUCACUUUUACAGAGUUUCCUCAUUUAUGUGAUUUAUCAUAAAAUCAAUUUCGCCCUUUAAUAUAUUUUAAGGACUUUCAUUUAUCUUUUUCAUUCUUUUCUUUCCUACAGUGGUUUUGUUCACACAAAGGUAAUCCUGCACCUGAAAAGAUGUAUUGACCUGAGGAAUUUUUAUCAAUAUGCCAAUUUUUCAAUGAUUUUCUAAUUGGAAAUAUGCUUUGAUUGGUACAGAUUUAUUGUUCAUAGCUUAUUCUUGGAAAUACUUUGAAAUUGUACAAAUAAGAAAGAGCACAUGACUGAUACAGUUUAGUACUUGGCUAUGCACUUCUUUCUCAAUUGAUUAAGAAAGUAGUUAAAAGCUGGAAAUAUUAUUUCUGGCACUUUCUGAGUAUGGCAUGUUAUUUAUUUUAAUGGUUUGACCACAUUCCUGAAUUGCUUGAUUUUGACUUGUUGUGUCUGUCAUGAUUUGGCAAUUUUUGUGUGAACUGAUAUGUUGCUGCUAUUUGUCAUGUCUCAUCACACUUCCUUUGUCUGUGGUCCGUUUCUGGAGCUCACAAUUCACAUGAAUGUCAUGACAAACUCAUAGACAAUAGCAGGGGAUUCCACAAUGAUAAUAAUCACAGCAGAUGUAUAAUGUUAUAUUUCUUUAAAGCUAAAUACCCCUCUCGAUAAUCUCUGCAGUAAACUAGUCAUCCCUUCUUUCCAAUAGACUCUUUUCCCUUGUCUCUCUUUUUUGACUCUCUCAAUAUUUCCUCCCUUCUGUCUCCCAUAGUGUUCAUGAACAACACACAAAUGAAAUUUGUUGAACUAAUUGCACAUGACUAAUCAUGGCGUCAAAUAAUUCACCAGUCUGUC